AUCUCAUUAAGGCAUGUGGUAUAAGACUCAUAUGUAGACGAGCUUCAUGACUAGUUUGGUAGUAGCAAUAUGGCCCAAUGUCGAUAGAUGGGCUACAGUUUUCUUUUUGUUUGACUUCGGAUUUUAAUGAUUCCUAAAUUACUAAUGAAAAUUGUAGUAGGAUAUAGCGACAUGUUAACAAUUGAAACGACAACAAAAAUUCAAUCAUUAAUCUCUGAGAAAGUUAUUAAAGGUUUGGAACAUAUUAAAUUAAACAAUGUCGGUAAUUCGAUUUUAAUUUGAUCCUUAUGAUAAUAAAACGAAUGUUUGGGAUUAGCCACCCCUUCCAUCCGAUUAAACAAUAACAGGAUAAUGUUCAAUAUAAUUUUUAAAUUUAUACCUGACAAUGUACAUACAGAAAUACACAAUCAAUAGAAUCGGGAAUCUGAUUCUCCAAUGUUAUCUUCUUCUUCUAUUGAUUUAGUCCAUUACUCAAUAAAUUGACUUUCCACAUCAAGACCGAUAACAAGCCGGCUAAUAUUCCUUUAUAAACCAACCAAAACACAAAACAUUUAUUUCAUCAAACACCAUAUACUAUAAACUAACCCCCAUACUAAUGGCUACUACCAAACUAGUCAUGAAGCUCGUCUACAUCCUCCUCAUCAUAUUCACCUUUACCGUAUCUCCGGCCAUCUCAACGACCCCGGAAAGUUGCGACAUCGGCUCGGAUAAUCCAUGCAUCGACAAAGCUAAGGCUUUACCAAUCAAAAUCAUAGCCAUUGUAGCCAUCUUUACGACUAGCUUGAUAGGCGUAAUGGCUCCUCUUUUCAGCCGUUACAUUUCGUUCCUACGUCCUGACGGCAACGGAUUUAUGAUUGUAAAAUGUUUUUCUUCCGGAAUCAUCCUCGGAACCGGAUUCAUGCACGUCUUGCCUCACGCUUUCGAGAUUUUGUCAUCGGAAUGUCUUAGUGAUGAUCCGUGGCAUAAGUUUCCUUUCGCAGGGUUUGUUGCUAUGUUGUCUGGUCUAGUCACUCUUGCUAUUGACUCCGUUACUACAAGCCUUUAUACCGUCAAAAACGUAGUCGGACCAGUGCCUGACGAGUAUGGCAUUGAUCAUGAGAAGGCGAUUCACAAUCAUAGUCACGGUCAUGGUCUUGUGCUAGGAACUGCUAAAGAUGAUGGACCUUCCGAUCCACAGCUUUUACGGUACCGUAUCAUUGCCAUGGUAUUGGAGCUUGGGAUAUUAUUUCAUUCCGUGGUCAUUGGACUAUCUCUAGGAGCAUCUAAUGAUGCAUGUACCAUUAAAGGACUCAUCAUAGCUCUUUGCUUCCAUCACUUGUUCGAAGGCAUGGGUCUCGGUGGAUGUAUACUCCAGGCAGAUUUUACCAAUGUGAAGAAGUUCUUGAUGGCAUUCUUGUUUGCUGGAACAACACCUUGUGGUAUCUUCCUCGGACUCGCAUUGUCUAGCAUUUAUAGAGAUAAUAGUCCAACCGCAUUGAUUACGAUCGGGCUGUUAAAUGCUUGCUCGGCCGGAAUGCUCAUCUACAUGGCACUCGUCGACCUUCUAGCUACUGAGUUCAUGGGAUCAAUGCUCCAAGGUAGUAUCAAACUUCAGAUCAAGUGCUUCGCGGCUGCAUUGCUCGGCUGCACCGUAAUGUCGGUAGUCGCCAAGUGGGGCUAAUACACUCAACAUAAUUAAAAAUGUAUUUUCUUAAAAAAAUUAUUUGAUUUAUUUUUUGUCGUUAAAUUAAUUAUUUGAUUUAUUACAAUCGA